AUGUCGAUUCAGGAGACGUUAUCACAAAUUGAGGCUCUUUCAGCUCAGUCUGAGAAAUUGAAUGGGUACACCAAUGUCCUGGCGGAGCUGGUGAAGGGGAAUGAUACCGCUGGUCUGUCUGCCUGCAUUGACUCCAUUCUGAACGAGUCUGUGGGUCUGGCUAUUUCGCGUCCUGCUCUUGCGCAGCUUGUUGGGUUGGUGGAUAAGGUUACCGGUCAUGAGGCGAGAGCGACUGCCGUGAAGUACGCUUUGGAGCGUAUUUCGCCCCGAGUCACCUCUUUUGAGGAGCAGGAUUCGCAAUUACGAGAGAAAUUGGCGGAUAUAUACGAAGCGGAGAAUGACAACGAGGCUGCGGCGUCAAUCCUACAGACAAUUCCGCUGGAGUCUGGUCAGAGGAACAUCUCGGAGGAAUUCAAACUGAACAUCUACGUCCGCAUUCUCCGCAACCUCCUCGAAGUCGGGGAUACCGUUGCUGCGGACACAUAUCUCAAUCGUGCACAGAUGCUCAUUCAUACUACAUCAGACAAAGUCACGCAGCUACAUUUCAAGCUGGCACAAGCUAGGAUUCUCGAUUCGAAGAGGCAGUUCUUGGCUGCGGCGGCGAAGUAUCAUGAAUUAUCAUACGUGACAGAUAUUGCGGACGAAGAGCGGUUGCAUUGUUUAGGUGCUUCGAUCACCUGUGCUGUAUUGGCGCCUGCCGGCCCACAGCGUUCGAGAAUUCUGUCUACUCUGUAUAAAGACGACCGUUCUCAACAGAUCUCCACAUUCUCGAUUUUGGAGAAGAUGUUCUUGGACCGCCUUAUCGAUCCUGCUGAAGUCGCCGCAUUCGCUGAAACCCUCUCCGAGCACCAAAAAGCCUUAUUAGCAGACGGCACAACCGUCCUCUCUCGCGCCGUCCUCGAACACAACGUCCUCGCCGCAACCCACCUCUACCACACCAUCCGGAUCUCCGAACUCGCUUCCCUUCUCGGUGUCGAUUCAGCAAAAGCAGAGGCCUAUUGUUCGACGAUGAUCGAGCAAGGACGGUUGAUGGGGAUGAUUGAUCAGGUUGAUGGGAUUAUCAGCUUUGAGGUUAGUGAGGAGGCGGGGGGGCCGGAGAUUAGGAGGUGGGACAGUGGGAUUCAGAGUUUAGCAGAAGCGGUGGAGGGGUGUGCGAGUGAGUUGGUGAGGGUUGCGCCUGAGUGGGUUGCGCAGAAGGUUGCUGUCUAA